GUUUUUAGUUGGCCAUUUUGAAGUGACGCCUUGUAAUUUUUUGCCAGUUUUUCCUCGAAUUUUUCACUUUUCCGGGGCUUUUCAAUGGAAAAGGCAAUUUCACAUACGAGGCUUUGAGUUUUCUUCAUUUUCUAGCAAAAAUGUCCAGUUUUAAAAUGACAAAAAUAACAAAAUCCCAUUUAAAAUGGUUUUUUUUAAAAGGUUUGAUGUGGCAACACCGUUUGUACCAACUUCAAAUAGGUUUUUUAAUAAAUGUCAUUUGCCAGUUUUGACAGUCGACAAUUUUUAAUUCACGUGUUCACAUUUCUAUCCAGUUUUUCCUCGAAUUUUCCGCUUUUCCAAGCCGUUUUCAGUCAAGAAAACCGAUUUGAAAUACGAGGUUUUGAAUUUCCUACAUUUUGUGCUAAAAAUUCCCAGUUUUCCAAUGGGAAGUCCUGCUCAAGACCGAUUUACAUACCAAACAUUGCCGCACAAGCCCUAGAAAACUCAAGAAAGAGUUCCCGCUCUAAAAGACGUCAUUGGAGAAUAUCUGAUUCCAUUGGUACUUAGAAAUAUAGGAUGCUCAGACGCCGGAGUGGACAAAACAGCUCAGACUACCCUGGUGCAGCUCAUACAGCGAGGCUAUGUCACACAAACCCAGGCCGAAAUCAAAAUAUGCCCCCUCGAUUUUGGCCCUUACGAAAAUGGAAAGUCAGCAUCAACUAGAUGUCAACACUGGUGCUAUUAUGACCAAUCAUUUAGAACAACUUUACGCCACUAUAAGCCUGGACGAUUCCGUCAAUGUUGCUGCAGAAAAAAAGAAGAAAACUGAAGAGGCAGAGGUUUCGCCUGCUGCUGCUUCUGGUGAUACUAAGGGUGAUAAUUUAGAUAAUAAAAGUAACAAUGUAGAUGAUAAUGUAGAAGAAACCUCCACGCCAACAAUAGAAGAAGUCAAAGAACCCCCUCAGAAAAUAGUUCCUCAAGAAUUAAUCGACAAUUUCGUCUCAAUGGCAACAUGGGAAAACAUCUACGACGGAAUGUCGUAUCAUUGCGCCUACUCUUUACCCGCAGUAGUAUUGACUUUGGGCAAAGACAAUUGGCCUUUACUCAAAAAUACUGUUGACACAUUUAGCAGGCCACAUGUCCUAUAAAAUCCGAAGAACCGUAGCGAGUAGUCUACACGAAAUCGCCCUUAUUCUAGGACCUGAAAUUGCAACUGAAGACUUGGCACCACUGUUCGAAGGCUUUUUAAAAGACCUGGACAAAGUCCGCAUUGGAGUUUUGAACAAUUUGUUUGAGUUUUUCAAUUUUGUUGAAUGUUAUUAUUAAUUAUAUUAUUUUAUAUAAUAUAAUAAAAACAAAGAACUUGCAAGUGAACUAAAAUUUUCCAUUUUUUUUUUU